AGGGAGCGGACAUUCGGAGCCGAGACUCGAGAAGAGACGGACGAGGAGCUCGGAUUAGAAAACAGAGUACGUGACUGCCAGCCUUCCAACACGUGGUUUUGGGCCGGAAAAGUGUUAGCGCGACGCUGUGCAGGAUAUUUCCAAGCUGUCACAACACAACGAUAAUAUGGGCGAUCGAGGCCAUGACAUGAGACGCGGACGCGGCGGUCCCAGACCGCACAAUGACGAGCAGCAGCCAGGAACCUCGCAGGGGAGAUCGCACUUCAGUUCUCACCGUCCGGAGCCUUAUCCUCGACGUCCUGGCGCCACUGCUGAACGGAGGGCUGAAGGAUCUCCGCCGGUAAGGAUUUAUCCAGAAUACCAAAGACCAUCGACCUCGGCUGUCCCAGCUUAUCCGAAUCCAGCGCAUAGUGAGGACAUCAGAUUGAUUGAGCAUAGAGCCCAGCCAGCAUAUUCCGAUACUACGUCAGACACUGCUUCGGUUGCAGGAUCGGUCGAUGGAGCUGACUCAGUAGCUUCGGCGAUAGAAAAGGCAGGUAUGCGAGGCAGGCGAAUUUUGCCUGCGAAUGUCAUCACCAGGCCAGAUACGCUCGCCAGCAAGCAAGGAACACAUGGAGAUCCGAUAUUAUUAACGGCAAAUUACUUCAAACUCUUGAGUACAACUGACUGGUGCUUGCACAAGUACAGAGUUGACUUCAGUCCAGAGGAGGACAGAAAGGUCGUGUGCAAAGGUCUUCUGAGAUCUCACAAAAAAAUUCUUGGUGCUUACAUUUUUGAUGGCGCAACUAUGUACAGCAGCAAAAGAUUGCCGGAUCUUCUGGAAUUAACAGCCGAACGUGUAGGAGAUAAGCAACUCAUGCUAAUAAAGAUUAGACACUCAGGAGAAAUGACCAGAGGAGAUCACGACUACAUCCAGUUCUUCAACAUCAUAAUGAGAAAGUGUCUUGAUUACUUGCAGUUGCAACUAGUUGGCCGUAAUUAUUUCGAUGCGGGAAAUAAGAUAGAAAUUCCAGACUUCAGGCUUGAGCUUUGGCCAGGCUACAUAACUUCUAUUCGCCAGCAUGAGCACGAUAUUUUAAUGUGUUCUGAAAUAACGAACAAAGUUAUGCGCAACGAAACGUUAUACGAUGUGUUACAUCAAUGCUACCAAGAGAAUAGUAGAGAGUUCAAGAAUUUGUUCAGUAAACAAGUGAUGGGAGUAACGGUACUCACAGACUACAAUAACAACACUUACAGAAUCGAAGACGUUGACUUCAGUGUGACGCCAGCAUCCACAUUCAAAAAGAAGACUGGAGAGGAAAUCUCGUACUCGGAGUAUUACAAUACGAAGUACCAUCUUCGUAUCAGAGAUAUGCGCCAGCCUCUGUUGGUAUCUAGAUCUAGGUCGAAAGAUCGUCGAGCGGGACAAGAUGAACUGGUUUACUUGGUACCUGAACUCUGUAGAAGCACAGGCUUGACCGAAUCGAUGAUAAAAGAUCGCAGAUUGAUGAGCGCAUUGGCACAAUAUACUCGUGUCUCGCCUCGUGAGAGGAUUCAAAAGUUGAUGAAAUUCAACACACGUUUACAUUCCGUGCCAAAUGUAGUGACUGAGUUGCAGAACUGGAAUUUAAAACUUGACAAACAAUUGGUCACUUUGAAGGGAAGAGUUCUGAAGGCAGAUAAAAUUGUUUAUCAUGCUCAAGAUACGUCGGAUGUCAAUCGAACAGCAAACUGGACCAAUGAUUUCCGCAACAAAAAGUUGCUAAAGUGCGGCGUUCUUGCUGACUGGGCCGUCGUAGUACCGUACAGACUGAGAAACGAUUGCGUGAACUUUGUGGACCAAAUCAUAAAGGUUGCUUCAACUAUGGGUUUCAAAAUAAAUAAUCCUGCUCUGAGGGAAAUUCGCGACGACCAAGCUGCCAGCUACACACAGGUGCUGGAAAACAUUAAGAGUACAAGUAACCCUAUGCUAAUCUUAUGUGUAGCAACAAACAACAGGGAGGACAGGUACAAUGCAAUUAAGAAAAAGUGCUGUAUAGAUCGUCCAGUCCCAACUCAAGUUGUUCUGGCAAAAUCUUUGCAACAUAAAAAUUCAAUGUCGAUCGCUACGAAAGUGGCGAUUCAAAUGAACUGCAAGAUAGGAGGAAUACCGUGGAGUAUUCCGAUUCCUCUGAAAGGCUUGAUGGUUGUUGGUUUUGAUGUGUGCCACGACAAGAACGACAGAAGUAAAGAUGUUGGAGCUAUGGUGGCAUCACUGGAUCCUUGCUUUGGACGAUACUUCAGUGCGGUCAGCAGUCACUCCAGUGGAGAAGAGUUGUCCAACGACCUGUCCGUUAACUUGUGCAAGGCUUUGGAUCAAUACAAGUAUUAUAAUCAAGCCCUUCCAAAUCGAAUCGUAAUUUACCGAGACGGUGUUGGAGAAGGUCAAGUGCCUUUUGUCGUGUCGCACGAAGUGCAACAAAUAAAAAGCAAGCUCGAAAAGAUUUACGACAAUCCCAACGAUAUUAAAUUGGCUUACAUAAUUGUGACCAAGAAGAUCAACACGAGAUUGUUCGCAGGCUAUCAAAAUCCACCACCAGGUACUAUUAUAGACGACGUGAUUACCGAUCCUACGAAGUACGAUUUUAUGAUAAUAGCGCAACACGUAACGCAAGGUACGGUUACUCCAACUUCGUAUAACGUUGUUUAUGAUACUUGCGGUAUGGACGCUGAUAAGUUGCAGCGUUUAACUUACAAGUUGUGCCACACGUACUUCAAUUGGAGCGGUACCGUGCGAGUACCCGCGCCUUGUCAGUAUGCUCACAAGUUGGCCUUUUUGGUGUCACAAUCCCUGCACCAGCCGCCUAGUGAUGUCUUGAAAACGCUUUUGUACUUUUUGUAAAUUAUCUAUUCUAUUUUUUAAUGGGUAAUUUCAUCUACUAUUUCGUUUAAGAUUCAUCCAGUUGUCUAUUAGUGUAUUCUUUUGUACUAUUAAUCUUAGAACGUAUAAAAUGUCAGGAAGCAGAUGACUGAAAUAUAUUUUUUAAAAGAUGUAUUAUCAUACAGGUGGAAAGAUUUUGAUCUUACAUGAUUGAUACAGUUAGCAAAAGUCUAGUUAUACCAAACAGAGGUAAACUCCUUUUUAAUUAUAAGUUUGUAAAACUCAAUUAUUGAUAAAAAUAUCAAAUAUGUCAAAUUUAAGAUACAGUGCCUUAAAGCCUUAAGUAAAUUUUAGAACCGUAAGCUUAUAGUUAAUCUUAUAUUAAUUUAUAUCAUAUUAUAGUACGUAGUACGACGAUUUUCAAAAGAAAAAAUAUAUAUUGUAUACAAAAUUUAUACCUCAAAACAAUGCAUAAAAUUUAUUACAAACGUUAUGAACUGUCAAUAAAGAAAUAUGCAUGUACAGACAUAUUUUUGA